AUGACCACCCACUGCUGCACCGCCGAAGGCCACUGCCGCGCCCAGCGCUUCGAAAUGGACGCCUUGAACGCCCGCGCCGCCUGGGAAGCCGAAAAGGCCGCCAUCGUCUCGUACGAAGAUGGAUGGGACCGGUGGGAUGGCCCCAUCUGGCCCUGGCGGGAAACCAACAAGCCCAUGUCUCAACAGAACAAGUCGAACAACACCCACAAUUCAAACCUGGCUGCUCCCCAGAGGCCGGAACUGAGCCGCAGCUCGAGCACAAACUCCAUCACGAGUUCCACGAGCACCGCCAGCCUCUGGACGAACUCGGCCGCCCACACCUGCAACCGCUGCGGGCACGGCGGCGCCACCAGCCAUCUUUGA